GUUAAAUGUACAUAUUCAAAAAAGUUCAUUCUUGUUUUUAAAAUGCAGUGCAACAAAUACCAAAGAAAUAUCAUUUAAAGUAAUAAAUUAUUAUGGCGAAAAAUGCCGAAAUAUUUAUUUGCUUAAUUGUAGUAGUGUCAAUAGUACUUUUAUACAUAAUAAAUAAAUGUGUUUUAAAUUUACAAGUAGUGGAGAAUCCACCAGAAGAAUAUAGCUGGAUUAUUCAUGGAAUAAGGAAUAUACUAGGUUACGCUACUCUAUUUUUACCAGGUUAUUUGGUUUAUAAAUAUGUGAUAAAAACCAACUAUUUAAAUAAAAGUGGUCGUGGAGUGUUUGGUGCUAUAAUUCGAACUUGCUUUGGAGAAGACGAAUUGUUACUAGUUAAUCCUAAUUCACAUUCUACAACUACUCAUAGAACUCCUCUUCAAGACGGACUUUUGUUGAUAUUUUAUUUCUUUGGACUUCAAAUAUCUUAUUUGUCAUGGGGAAUUUUACAAGAAAAGGUAAUGACACAACCUUAUGGAAAUUCACCCGAUGUAGAUUAUUUUAAAGACUCUCAGUUUUUAGUUUUUGUUAACAGAAUUCUGGCUUUUUUUAUAUCUGCUAUGAUUUUAGUUUGUACAAGACAACCUCGACAUAAGUGUCCGUUGUAUAAAUAUGUAUUUUGCUCAUUUUCAAAUAUUAUGAGUUCGUGGUGUCAGUAUGAGGUUUUAAAAUACGUUUCAUUUCCUCAUCAAGUACUAGCAAAAGCUAGUAAAACCAUACCUGUUAUGUUAAUGGGGAAAAUAGUAUCUAAAACAAAAUAUGAAUAUUACGAAUAUGUUACUGCUGUAAUAUUAUCUAUAGGAAUGUUAUUUUUUAUGAUUGACACUGGUAACGAUCGCUCAAAUUCUACAGUCACUACUCUUUCUGGAGUAAUACUUUUGUGUUUAUAUAUAACUUUUGACAGUUUUACAGCUAACUGGCAAGGAAAGCUGUUUAAAAAGUACGAAAUGAAGCCUUUGCAAAUGAUGUGUUUUGUAAAUUUCUUCUCAUGUAUUUUUACAGCUGUUUCGCUUCUUCAACAAGGAGAAUUUUUCAAUUCUUUUAUGUUUAUGAUGAAAUACCCGAAUUUUAUUUUAGAUGUAAUUUUGUUAUCACUUUGUAGUGCAUGUGGACAGUUAUUUAUAUUUAACACUGUCUCUUCAUUUGGGCCGUUAGUUUUUGUUAUAAUUAGUACAAUAAGACAGGGCUUUUCUGUUUUAUUAAGUUGUAUAAUAUAUCAUCAUGAGGUACACUCUUUGGGUAUUUUAGGAAUAAUUCUUGUGUUUCUAAGCAUCCUCCUCAGAGUGUAUUGUGGUUAUAGAAUUAGAUCUUUGAAACAGAUUCAUCAGAGUUCUGUGAAUCUGAAAGAUCAACAAAAUUUGAAAUAAUAAAUGUAUAUACCUAAUAUUUUAAAUAUAUUGCGUUGUCAAUAAUAUUUAAUUAAAAUAAUUUUAUUCUAUAUGUCAUUAAAUGUAUUUAUUGAAUAAAUGUAAAAACUUGUAAAUGGCAAUAACAUGCCAUAUAAAAACAAUCUCAAAUAAUAUGUUAAUAUGGAUAUCUUAUUUAAUUUAAAUAUUUCAAAUAAAGAAAUUAUAUCUUUCAACUCUUCGUGUUAAUUCUGUUAUAUGUACGUCACAUGUAUCUCUACUGCUAAUGUAUAUCCAUAUCAAAAUUGAAAUAAUCUGUUUCAAUAAAACGGUUGCUUGUUGCGUUGUAAAAAUAUAAUUAUAAAAAAUGUUAAUGAUGUAUAUUUUACAAUGUUCUUCAUCCAUAUAUAGUCUCUAAAUAGUAAUAAUUUUAUAUGUAUUUGUUUAUCUCGA